AUGAAGGACAGCUGCAUGAGAAUGAAGAUGAGAUUGCCAUUAUAUGCGUUUAUUGGCGUGUGGAUUUCGGUGGUGGUUGCUGGUGCUCCGCUCUCCUCGUCCAAGGAUGAGUUGUACCAGCUUCUAGGAGUGCCGCGUUCCGCGACGGCUGCCGAGUUGAAGCGGGCAUUUCGACAGCGCAGUUUGAAACUGCAUCCGGACCAAAAUGGCGGCUCCGAACGCGAGUUUCUCAGGCUUAAAGAUGCCUACGACAUUCUGAGAGAUCCGGCGCGGCGACGACGGUACGACCAGGGCGGUUUGAGCGGCGUUUUUUCGGUAGGCGAUGAGGACGAGUACGGCGGCUCCUCGUUUUACGAGGACUAUAGGAACACUGGAGGUCGUCCUCCGGAAAUUCCGCACAUCGCGUCUCUAGAAUCGAUGCUGGACCUAGUGGCCACGAAUCGAGAGAAAUUCGUGUUGUUGCACAUCUACCAUGGUGCGUCAAGGUUGCAAGAACGCACGUUUCAGGAGUUGCAAGAGACGGGCUUUUUCGAAGUGCGCCACGUCAGCGUCUUUCAAGCCGAACCGGCCUUGUUGGAACACCUUGCGAUCGAAAGUCACCCGAAAUUGGUACUGCUGAAGGGCAACGAACUGCGGUCGGAGCCGUUUUUUCCGAGCGAAACCGCGUUGCGCUACAGUCUAGUGGCCCAGAACGUGAAGUGGCACGCGAUGCGGCUGCUGAGGGCGCACACCUACAGCGAGAUGGUCAAUUUCGGGGUUUUAAACGAGAAGCCGUCGCUGCGCCGGGUCGACUGGCCGCACGGCAGCGGCUGUCUGCGCGUUCUGUACUUGGCCCACACGGACGACGAAAGUUUCGAAUUCUUCAUGCUAGCGCAGGAUCGCGCGAGAGCGUACCCUUAUGCGUGCUUCUUCCACGUGGUGCACAGCCAGGGGACGGCGCAGUUGGUGCACACCGAGGACGGCCGUGAGGAAGUGAUAAAAAUGGGAGACGGGAUGGACGGACUCUACUCGCAGACGGACAGCCCCUUUGUGAUCUUGGACGCGGUCACUGAGAGCGGCAUCGAGGUCGACUCGAUUGCCAGGGUUAAGGAGGUUCUGAUGCAGCACGCGCAUGCCGCACCCCGAAGAUGGCUCAGAGAAGCGAACGCAAACACGGUGCCAAACGGAAAGUUCCUGCUUUUGGUGUACGGGACCACAACUUCUGAGAGGAGCAUGGUACUUGUCCUCUUGUCGUACUACUUUUUAGUAACUUUUUAGCGUUAGUACUUUAACUUUUGUAUAUCUUCCACUUUUGUUUAGUUUUUUCCUAGAAGUUAGGGCUCCACCACAAAAAAAAAUUAUAAGGGUACAUGUGCAAUGAGAAUGAUAAUUAUAAGUUACAAAAUCAUUUUACGCAAGCAGUUGCACUAGCAACAACUACAGUUAUUAUCUAGAAGCCACUCUCCAGUGUAAGUAAGAACAUAGAUCAUGCAUUAGAAUAUUUUACCUAAAGUAAAGUAUUGUACUACUAACUAACUUGUUCGAAUUUGAAUCAAUUCGACAGGUGACACGGCCUUACGAGCUGCUGCUAGAUUUCUGCGAGAAGCUUUCUUCGGAAGGUAGUGCGAUCGGGUGCUAUUGGAUGCGUGGCCGUAGCCGUGAUGCCGUAACGGGAAUCGUAGACGACUUCUGGGUUCGGUUUUUGAAAGAGCAGCUUCCAGCAGAGAAGACGGACGUGGACGGGAUGUGUCCAGCGCUAGUUCUCCUGGACGGGCCCGCGCGUUUCGUGAGUCUCUUCUCCGACGACCGACGGGAACCGGGCCGACAAUUCUGCUUCGAUGGUGCGAGCGAUUUCGACGUGGCGUCGAUGAAGUAUUGGUGGCUGCGGCAUCGUGGCCGUAAGGCGGUUCGCGACCUAGUGGUGCCGCCCUUUGCGGCAUCGAUGGCCUCGUUGGAAUCGGGUCCCGAGACGAUGCUGGAGCAAGCAGAGCGAAUGGUUUCGGAAUUCGUAGUAGGUCUUUCGUUGACGCAAGACCUGGUACGACAAGCCUUGAUGCGCGCGUACUCGGUGCUGAACAGCGAAGAGGGAAUCAGCGAGGCGAUGGAGGCUCUAGGCCGCGCCGUGCGGAAGUUUUUUGAGACGCACUUCGCAGAAGACGCGAUGAUCUACGUCGUUUUCGCUUUGAUGAGCGUGCUCUUGGCCGUGAUCUACAUUCUGCUCAGCGACUUGUUCUCCGCCGCAGCCGGCGACGAAAACACAAAGCUGUUUGGUGGGCGCUCGCAGCACUCCUUGCCGGUCCGCACCCAUUUUACGUUCACGGUCCGCAUCGAGCGCGAGUCGGCAGAUAAGCCGUGGGGAAUGCGACUGGGGGACGCCAGCGGUGCGGGGCGGGUCAGCAUAGCGCAGAUCUUGCCAGGAAUGGCCUUGGAUGCGUGGAACAACAGCCCAAAAGCAGCCAAGCCCUUCCGGCCGCAGCAAGGCGACCUGAUUCGCAGUGCGAACGGGGAAUCCCAACCGGGUUUGAUUACCGCGAGACUGAGCAAAGAAUUGAGUCUAGACCUCGUUUUGUAUCGACCAGUGGUAAGUAGCGAACUGGUGCGCAAAAAGCCAGCAUCUUCUUCCAAGAUGAAAACCACCCAGGACACAUCAACGGUACUAACGACGAAUACUAGUAAAGAAGCUCAAGCAAAGCUGGACGUACACACAAACUCCGAUUCUUCUUCUUCUUCUUCAACUGGAGGUGCUCUUGACUUGUCGGAGCAUCUAGCGUGGAACGAGAAUCCAGCCAUUCUAGAGGACCGUGUGGAGUUUCUCUUUGGUCCAGCGGUCCGCUUGAUCACGUCGGAGAAGUAUUCUAGUACUUUGGGUUCCCCCAAUGGCGACCGCUUCAUUCAUGCGCUGCCGAAGAAAGAGGACCACCCGGAUAUCGACUUUCGGGACUUCUUUCGAAUAGGAGACGCGAUAUUGGCGCUGAAACCGACGCCGACGGCGAACCACAGCGACGUCUUCACAGUGACCACGCAGCGGAUGAUCGAUGUGAGCGACAAGCGGCAAAUAGCCUUAGCGGUGAGAGAAGUUUAUCGGCCUCGCGGACAGCCCUCGUUUGGUUAAGACUUGCCGUAAUUCAUCUUAAGAGGCAUGAUCUUUGGACACGAUUCCAAGGGGAAUUCACGUCAAAGAUGUGCCUUAAGAUGAAUAUCUGUAAGGUCUAACUUGGGAUCGACCUUAUGGGCAGCACGCGCACUAUUCGCCGCGUAUCCAAUAAGCACAUGAGUAACGAAUAUGGGCCAAGGAGAGGCGACAAGGUGUGCUCGAUUACGGCGCCUGUAACAGCCUCACGACUUCACUUGAUUCCCGGACUCGAUUUGGUGCCCAUGCCCAAACAAGAGGACGAGUCUGCCGCCACCGACUCUGCGACAACACCUAGCACGCAGCGAGUACCUGGAAUUCGUGGCGCUUCAGUCACAACAGGGGAUUACACGACGGCCAAUAGUACUAGAACGCCAGCAUCUGCGAUAUCUACUGCGAGUGUGGGGAAGAACCUUACUGAUGAUAGCGUAAUCGUCUGCGCAACAGAGUGGAAUCAGGUGAUCCAGGUGUUCAGAGUGGCGCCAAGGGUCCAAGAGCUCGUUGUUUUGCGAUGGGUGUCCUUAGAGGAGCAGCGGCAGAUAGAAGCGACAGCAGCACUAGCCAUCGAGGAAACCAUGGAGUUUGAUGCCCCUUCUUCGCUGCGUCUCGCAAGGGAAGGCGCUACGACUUUGGAACAUAGUGACCCGGAUCAGAGUAGCUUGAAGCGUAGUUCCACCUCACCUUCGCGCAAAGACCACAUCGGAGGAGACGGUCUCGAACCUACAGCAGUACAAACGCAAAUCGCCAUUAAGCACACGCGCGAAAGGGUGCCGACAGGUCCGGAAAAUUUUUGGCUACAGAAAUUUGGCACCAGGAGAGCGCCCAUAACCGUCCCUCCUGGCGGUGGGUGGGAGACGAGAACUACCACGACAACUUCUACACUAGGAGUAAACCACGAGGAGACUCGUGGAGCAACGGAAAAGAUGAGAAAGAAUCAAGAAAAUUCAGCAAGUGCUGCAGGGUCACCCACACCAGUGCCACGGCUAGAUCCACCCCUUUCUGUAGCGAAUGGUACGAGUACAGCGAAAAGUACUACAGGUGCUCACGAAUCGCGUGAACAUCAAAGCGAACAGAAGAAAACAGAAAUAUCGCCCCCGCCUAGACCCAAGAGCGACAACAUAGGGACUCCAUCAUCAGCCUCUACAAAAGCUUCCCGAAGUCCGCUACCACCGCUGACGCCAGUUCCUGAAUCCUCCACUGGUUCCAACCAAGGUGAGGAAAGAAGUCAUGACGCUGACGUAGAGUCUUCCAGGUGCAGUGGCCUACGAGGCGUACCACGAGGCGCUGGAGUAGGUCGUGUGGAAUCCUCCUCGUCCAACGAAGAUGCUAUUCAAAUUAGUAGGAAUGAAGAUACUGUUCAAGUUCAUGCAAGAACAACAACCACUACUAUGAUCGAAAUGACUUCAACUACACCAACUGCAACGGCAACUGCUAUAGAUUCUACGGCAACAACUGGUAAUACAGCAGACCUUCGUCCUCCUACACCGGAUCUUCCUACCACUCGUCUGACUCCUACAACGGAUCACGAUCCGACGUCAGACGAGUGGAUGCUGCGAAUACGUCUGGCGGAUGGCGUCUUGUACAAUCGUCUCGCUGCUGACUCGUCACUACAGCAAUUCCGCGAAGUUGUGCGACUAGAAAGAAGGAGCGAAGGAGAAGGCACUGGCGCGAACAUGAUAAGCUACAGUCAUGGAGGCCGCAAGGCGGUGUUUCGCAUAGAUGUGGACAACGAGACGGCCUUCUGGCGUGAGAAAAGAAGGAUAAUACAGGCAAUUGGAGGGGGGCUAGACCGUCUUUUUUCCGCAUCCUAACGAUUUACCCUCAGUUGGUGCUGGUCCUCGUAGAUGCCGACUAUUGAUAUAAAGUGGAAAGUGAAAUUUACUUAUAAUAUAGUUUUCCUUGGACGCCUUAGAUUUAUUAUCCUCCUCAUAUCUCACCUACAUCUUUUUCCUAUGAUGUAUUGGCAUGUUUUACACGAACACUCACUGUACGUAGUGCCUAAGUGCACUACGGUUUGCGUGCACGCAAGAUAUUAUCGAGGCAUAAGAACUCUUCAUCGUUGUGUAUACAAGCGUAAGCGAUCACAAACUUUCAAAAACUUGCUUUACACCCUUUCUGCAGCGGUGUACUCUGUAUCUUCUGUCCUACAAUUUUCCCCUUCUCUGUGAGUCACACAGACCCACAAGGCAAUCUACACCACCAUAGGAAGUACUUUCUUCCACUUGGUAGAGUCGUACAU